CGUCAGGGGGUGGAAGAAAACAUUAGAGCAGGAAUCAAAACAAGAGACGGACACGCCUUCGUUUUUUAAGGUUAUAGCAGCUUAAUCUUUAUAACUGCUGCUGAAAGAGCUGCACAAAUACCUGCUAGUCGUCCAGGAGGAGACCAAAACGAGCUACACAAAGAGCAAAAACUGUAAAAAAUACCAGAGUCCAUUGCAGAAAUGGAGUCCACAGAAAUGUCAGACAGCGUGGACCGCAGUCGUUGAUAGAGGUCGAAAAUAACACUGACAUCCGAACCUUGUAAAAUGCCCAACCAGAAGAACAACAAGGGAAAGAAAAGCAAACGGACUAACAGUAGCGGAGACGAGCAGGAAAAUGGAGCCUGUGCGGUUGCAACAGGAGGCGCGGCCGCCGCGGCUGCACCCAGGAACGAGCGCUCGAGUGAGGUCCAGUGUGCAACCCCUCUUGGCUGCAGCUUGGGCCGGGCCAUCGACCUGGAGAAGGACGACUACCAGCGGGUGCUCUGCAACAACGAGCUCUGCCCUUAUGGCAACUGGAUGCAUCUGCAGUGUUUCUACGAGUGGGAGAGCUCCAUCCUCAUCCAGUUCAACUGCAUCGGUCGUGCACGGUCGUGGAACGAGAAGCAGUGCCGCCAGAACAUGUGGACCAAGAAGGGUUAUGACCUGGCCUUCAGGUUUUGCUCGUGCCGCUGCGGCCAGGGCCACCUAAAGAAAGACACUGAUUGGUAUCAAGUCAAACGCAUGCAGGAUGAACGCAAGAAGAAGCCAUCUGAGAGGAGCACAGGCAAGACCGGGAGUGGAGGGUCUGUGGGGUCUGGGGAUGGGUUUUUUGAUGAGCCUAGGAAAAGCAAACCACCAGGUGGGGCAGGGGGAGGAGGUAGACUGUCCCACAGAGCAUCUAGUCAGGAGUUACCUCGAAGACAAUCAUUGGACCGGCAGAACUCUACAGAGAGAGCAGCAGCAGCAGCAGCAGGGGGAGGAAAUGCUACAGGAGGACCCUUUCCUCUGGGGCCUCCUCAGAAAUCUCCAUGUGACUCCCCAGGACAGUCUCCUCCUACUGGCUUCUCCUUCCCCACUGCUGCUUUCGGAUCGGGAGGUGGAGGAGCAGGUCUGCGAGGUUCCCGUCAACUAGGAGAGUUCCUCAAAACAGCUGUCCACAUGGACCCUCAGAGGAAACACCUUCUGGUAGGGGGUGCUCUUGCCCGCGGUGGUGCCUGCUCGGCGGGAGCCUCUGGUGGCGGAGGUGGACCUCACCUCGACCCUGGGUCUGUUCUUCCCCUGCCUCUCUCCUUUGCCCACCGGCUCACCUCUGCCAACGUGACUGAUGGCACCCACCCUCAUCCGGUGCAGUUCCUGAGGAGGCUGGACCUCUCGGAGCUCCUCACCCACAUCCCUCGACAUAAACUCAACACCUACCAUGUUCGCAUGGAAGACGAUGCCCAGGCAGGCCAGGGGGAAGAGCUGCGCAGGUUUAUCCUGUCAGCCCUCAGCGCGAGCCAGAGGAACGUGGUCAACUGUGCUCUGUGUCACCGGGCGCUGCCCGUGUUCGAGCGGUUUCCUUUGGUUGAUGGGACUCUGUUCCUCAGCCCCUCACGCCAUGACGAGAUUGAAUACGACGUCCCCUGCCACCUGCAAGGCAGGUUAAUGCACCUUUACGCCAUCUGUGUGGACUGUCUUGAAGGCGUCCACAAGAUUGUGUGCAUCAAGUGCAAGUCACGCUGGGAUGGGAGCUGGCACCAACUGGGCACCAUGUACACCUACGACAUUCUGGCUGCUUCGCCUUGUUGCCAGGCUCGUCUCAACUGUAAGCACUGUGGGAAGGCGGUGGUGGACGUACGAGUCGGGAUGCAGUAUUUCUCAGAGUACAGCAAUGUCCAGCAGUGCCCUCACUGCGGCAACCUGGACUAUCACUUUGUUAAACCCUUCUCCUCCUAUAAAGUACUCGAGGCUUAUUGACAAAUGUUGUUCAUGCAUGCUAGUUAAGCUGCUUUUUGUUCAUGUUUUUCUAACACAAUCUAGGAAAGAUUUUAUUUUUGGGGCCUUAAGGUGGUUUCAUGUUUCCAAGUUUGUUCUUCUUUCAUUUCUUUUUUAUGUAUAGGUAAAGUAUGACUCUAGUUUAAAAGUUCCAGGACAGUAUCUCUGCUGUUAGAGAAAGGUGUUGAUAUAAGUGUGGAACUGACACUUCAGUCAAGCAAACACAUUUAUCUGUGACACGUGAAUGUAUCUGUAAUGCCAAAUUUGAUUUUAUUUUUUACCAAAAAUGUAAAGAUGACUCUCGAAUAAAACAGACAAAGUUACACAAUGGUGUCCCUGGUGAUUGUCUGUCAAGCCAAAACUUGCUAAAGCUUGUUGUCCAAAAAACAGUUACUGUCAAAAACAUAAAUGUACCACACUUGCAUUGGGUGAUAUGUUCCUUUAUUACAAUGGACAUGGACAGUGCAGUUUAUUUCAAGUCAAUUCCACACUGUCUCACUGCUGUAAAUACUCAGUAGAACACCAAGUGUGUAUUAAUUCACAGCUGAAACUAGUCCCCAACAAAUGCACUUUUACUCCUCUUUGAAUUUAUGGGCUAAAAACCACAGAGACAGAAAGUCCGGAUAUAGACCAGGAGUUUUCAACUAAUUGUGACCCAGUGAGAACUAACCACAGCUGUGGGGCGGAUAGACUGGAUGGGUCCUGAAAGACACAAUGACCUUUCUAAAUGUUAUAUAUUUACAUGAAUUUGAUUAUUCACAAGCAACAAUUAAUACAUGUAAAUGUGUGUUUAAAAAAAGUAAUUCCUACAGUGAAACUAUUAUUGACUGCAUGGUCAGGAACCACCUGCUGUACCUUUGUGGACCACUGGUUGAAAACCCCUGACUUUUGGUUUUGGCCUUUUUGUGGGAGCUGUUCACCAACAGCUGGCUAGCCUGCUAGCCACUUCUUUAGCCGAUGGUUGGCUCUAAUGUGUGGUGAGACGUGGAUUCCCUGCUCCAACACGGCAGCCCAUCCACAGACAAGGUUUUGGUACCAUUGUAGCUCUGACACCUUUAAACACCAGGAGUAGGCCCUUGUCCAUUGCACUGUACAAACACCCUGAUAACAUCGUUUCACACUGCCUGAUUAAGGAAUCGGCAACAGCUUUUUGUGAAAAUGAUUUAUUUGUCAGA